AUGGAGAACUUUGAGAUACUGCGCCCUGUUGGUCGGUUGGAACAAUAUUCCACGUCGCGCCAUCAAGUAGGAUUCUAUCUCAACGUGGCCAUGUCAGCAACCUAUGUCUUACCAGACACAUUCGUACUUCCCAUCAAAGACUACGUGUACCAAGCAUGUGAAGCCGCAAUUGCGCAACAUCCGUCGCUAUCCGCCAUCGUGGCAGACGACCACACCCAAGACCCUUACUUCGUGCGGCUGCCACGCAUUAAUCUGGACCAGGUUGUAUCUUUCCGGGACCGAAAGCCCGGCUUGUUAGGCAUUGAAGCCAAUGGCGAGCCAGCUCCAGACCUUGACCUGCAAACACUGCUUGCAACUCAGCACAACACGCCAUUCAAGACGCCGAGUGCCUUUUGGAGACUCGGUAUUCUGCUAGACACAGAGAAUGAGCGGCAGUUUACCGCAGCAUUUGUCUACCACCAAGCCAUUGGCGAUGGGAUUUCAGGAAAAGCCUUUCACCACACAUUCCUGCAAGCUUUGGGGACAAUAGACUCAUCAGAGCAGACCAAAGCAAUCAUCGUGCCGCCGUCAAUUCCCCUGCUACCAAACGUUGAACUCAUGCACUCACAGUCUCUCUCGUUCCCAUACCUCGCCAAGAAAAUGUUCCACGCAAAGGUCUUCUCCAGACAUCCAUCGGGUCUCUGGACCGGCUCCAAAAUCCUGGGUCCAUCUCAGACACGCUUGCGCCUGGUCCCAUUCUCUAAACUACUCAUGGCCACGGCAAAAGCCAGAUGUCGAAUGGAGGACACAACGAUCACUGCACUGCUGCAGGUAAUCGUCGCCCGUUCCAUCUUCGCACACAUUCCAGCCCAUUUCACGCGACUCGUCUGCUCCGGCACUGUCUCAUGCAGGCGCUGGCUGCCCGCCAUCAAUGAUGAGGCGAUGGGCGUCUGGUUUCAGGACUACGAGGAGUCUUACUGCCGGGCUGCUGUCUGGCCGUCUGAUGACUCUUUCCCAUGGGCGGAGACUAAACGAUCCCGGAAGACGAUCCAGUCUGUGCUGAAUAUGAAAGGGAGAAAUGCUAGCUCGAGUCUGCUGCAGUUCGUCGACGAUUACCAGCAUGAGCUGUGUUUGUCUAGGAUUGGAAAGGAGCGCGAUAGGAGCUUUGAGGUGUCGAAUGUUGGGGAAAUGGUUCCGCAGACUGAUCCGCAGAUGCCUUCUAUUGAUGGACUGGUGUUCUCGCAGUGUGCUAGUGUCAUGGGUAGCGCUAUUGAGGUGUCUGUUGCUACUGGUUGUGAUGGGUGUAUGGUGCUGGCUAUCUCGUGGCAGCAGGGGGUUGUCGAGGCGGGUCUCAUCAAUGAGACGGUGGAGUCGAUUAAGCAGGACAUGUACUCUCUUGAGGAUGUUUGA